UUUAACUACAAUUCCACCAGGUCCUCAGCUUCACUGAGGCAGAGAAGCCGCGGCUUGCAGGAACACAGCAGGACCAGAUGCAGAUGCAGAUGCAGCAGCACGUCCAGAACACAUUGCCACUGCAUUUGCAGAAGAGUCUGAAGACCAAGAAUUGUCAGGAUGACGUCCAUGCUGACUUCAGUAAACUGCUGAACGCACUCAACAAGGCAGAUGCUCCGUACUCCCUCAGUGUUGCCAACAGACUGUACGGGGAGCAGUCCUACCAGUUUGUAGAGGAUUUUUUGGGAGAAACCAGGAAGCAUUACAAUGCAGAGCUGGAGUCUGUUGACUUCCAAACCAGCCAUGAGGAGGCAAGACUUAACAUCAACACCUGGGUGGAGAAGCAGACUCAAGGUAAAAUUCAGGAUGUGCUGGCCCAGGGUGUAGUGGACAACAUGACCAGACUGGUGCUGGUGAAUGCCAUCUACUUUAAGGGCAACUGGAACAAGCAGUUUAAGGAGAGUGACACAAAAGAUGCUCAGUUCAGACUCAACAAGAAUGAGAGUAAGCCAGUGAAGAUGAUGCAUCAGAAAACCAAGUUCCCUUUGACCUUUAUCUCUGAAGUCAACUGUCAGGUCUUGGAGAUCCCUUACAAAGGGGAGGAGCUCAGCAUGCUCAUCUUUCUCCCCAUGGAUAUAGACGAUAGUUCAACUGGUCUGGAGAAGCUGGACAAGGAGCUGACCUAUGAGAAGUUUGUGGAGUGGACUCGUCCAGACAUGAUGGAUAAAGUAGAGGUUCAACUGGGCCUGCCUCGGUUCAAGAUGGAGGAGAGUUAUGACCUGAAGAAUGUCCUAAUCAGCAUGGGCAUGGUGGAUGCCUUCGAUAUAGCAAUGAGCGACUUCUCAGGCAUGUCUCCUUCCAAUGACCUAGUACUGUCAAAGGUCGUCCACAAGGCUUUUGUUGAGGUCAAUGAGGAGGGAACCGAGGCUGCUGCUGCCACUGCUGCCGUCAUGAUGCUGCGCUGUUUUCCAAGUCCUCCAGUCAGAUUCUUUGCAGACCAUCCCUUCCUCUUCUUUAUUCGACAUAACACCACAAUGAGCGUUCUGUUUGCUGGCCGCUACUGCUCCCCUCAGUGAGCACUAUCACUUCAAUCACAUCCCAAGUUCCCGUCCUAUAUUCGAGCUUCAGGAUGAUGAGGAGAAACUAUUAUUUUGGAUUUUUUUUUAACUGUUGUUAUCCUGCACCUUACACUCUUUGGAGGAAUGUGCCUUGAUCACAUAUGAUGGUUGAAAGAAAGUUGCACUUUCUCUAUAGAACAUGCUAUUUCAUUAUUUUAUAUAUUCAGCAAACCAAAGGAAUAUUGUGAUGAAAGUAUAUUUGAAGAUAGAUGUGUGCCUUGGUUAUUCCUAAUUGCACUUCCAUGCAUAUAAUGACUUAUGACCAUAUGCAGUUCUGACCAGUUAAUUUUCUGUAUCCUGAUGCUUUUACACAUGGAAUAAAAUCGUGUGAUUCCAAAA